ACCGCCCGGAGCUGUUCGAUACUCGCCAAGCAGCGAUCACGUCAUCAUUUCUCCCAAUUUUCGAACACAAACAAGGCCACUUAAUGUUGAGAAUCCGUUUCCAGAAUUUAGCUUUACCGUUAGAGUAAUUCUGAGUCGCGUAUACCUCUUAAUUUGACGAAGGUAUUUAUAGUUUGUUCGGUUAGUUGAAUGUUUCUGUGUUAAAAAUGGACUUAAGUUUUUAUUAAACGCAAUGUCUGACGAAAAAGCAAUAAUAGUUGCGUCAAAAGCGGAUAUAUCACUACCUUCGGCUUCGCCCGGGCCAGCAGAGUGUUCAAAUACGCCAGAUGAACCGCCAGUUGAAACUAUCGUGUUCAAGACUAUAAAACGUAAGAAAAAUCUCCGAACGGCAAAAGUUGCUGUUGAUGAUAAUGGUGCCCAAGAUGGAGCCACUAGCAAUGAUGAAGCCAGUGCAGAGGUGGAUCGUUCAAUCAUGGAAGACACACGUGAAUUACAGCGGCUGCGCAAACGACAAAAGGGCGUGUCAGUAGCCUCUCUAAUUGUUGGAAAGACGAUACCCGCAAUUGUAGAAAAGACUUCGGACCCAUUUAAGAUGGAAACCGGUGGUCUUGUUGAGAUGAAAGCAGCUAAAAAAGCUGAUACAAUUAAUAUUGGCAAUCAGUUUGCAUCCGAAACGAACGAACGCGACGAAGAUGCCGAUAUGAUGAAAUACAUUGAGGAAGAGUUGAAAAAACGCAAAGGAGACGCGGCUCCGACGGAAGAGGAGCCUAAGCAUCUGUCGCUAAAAAAUGAAGAUUUGCUGAUGCAGAUUUUGCCGAAGCAUCUAAAGCAAGCUGGCAAUUCAAAGAGUGAGGAAAUGCUAUCCAAUCAAAUGUUAGCUGGUAUCCCGGAGGUUGAUCUUGGUAUCGAUGAACGUAUUCGCAAUAUCGAAGCGACUGAAGAAGCGAAGAUGCGCAUGUUGCGAGAUCGGGUUCGGACGGUACCAAAAGAAGAGUCAAUGGCACCUGUUAAUUUUUCCGUUAACUUUGCCCAACAACAGGAAGCAAGGCGACACCGGGUUCACCGUGAUUAUCAGUAUCAGAACCAUCGCGAACCGGGCCAGCCGCUUCGUGCCUCCGAUGAUAUGCGAGUGGAGAGAUUUAAGAAACAUUUUUCCAGGAGAUAAUUGUCAUAAGACACUAUCACUAAGGUGACAAGUUAAAGCAAUUUUUUUUCGUCUCGAUUAGCAAAUACAGAGAAAGGGCAUCUAUGGAUUUUGUGUAUAAAAUCUUCAAAGCGCAAAGCAACUGGAGAGCCCAUUCGGUAUUUUGGGCUGGCGAAGUCACCCGACACUGGUAAUUGCCGUAUAAUUAAGAAGAAAGUGAUAGCAAUACGGAGCGUGUCUGCUAUAAUAUACGUUAGCUUGUACGAUUCAUCUGCCGGAAAGGGAGCACCAAGUGCUGCAAGCGGAUUGCACGACAACGUCGUAAUAAACAGAUAUCAUGUGAUAUUUUCAUGCUACCUUUUCUCUAUUCCGUCAAUGAACGCCCUUCAACCGGCAAAAUAGCACUACAUAUACCUGAAGUCCUCGUAGAGAUAAUAAUGGAGCUUCUAGCAUUUGAAAAUAACACUAAUAAUGACAAUAAUUUGUAGUUUAAUACUUGCUCCUAUUGUUUUGAAUAAAAAAAUCUUCUUUUUCUUGAAUAGUCAGUUCAAUCGAACAUCUGAAAAGCCGCAAUUAGGUUAUUUAAAACAGCAGAUCUUCAUCCGAAAGAUAUAAAUAGAUAAAGUCGUACAAAUGUAUUACAUUAUUAGCCAUUUUCAGUCAUCGCAUUACACUGCAGACGAUUAGCGCUGGCGGCAAAUACAGACGGCACUGUUCAUCGGACCGUCCUAUUUAUUAUCGAUGACGCUGGCGAAUUAUUGUGGGGUGAAAGCAUAUUGCAUUGGCUGUACCGCUGAUUUGAGAUCAAUUUGUUGUGACGAUGUUGAUUGCAGGCCUUAUUUCGACAGGUAUAACUAGUCCUGAUGAUGCAGACGGCUGUUUUCAGUGCUAUAUCCACAAUGGUCUUUGUUUGAGUAAAGAAAUAAAAAGCGGGAAAUAGUAGAAAAUAGAUAAAUAAUAUAGAAUGCGA